AUGUUCCAAAGAAUCAAAGGCGCCAUCGACCGCACCAUCGCCGAGGAACAGGCCCGCCAGCAGAGGGCGCUCGAAGUCGGCUCCUCCGUCAACAGAUCCGCCUCAACCUCGUCGCGAAGAAACGAGAGCGUCUCGGGCAGACGAUCUCGGCCUAAGAAUCCGGGCUCCGAUGCUGGCGAUUCCGCGCCGAACCCCGACCCUGCCAUAUUCGAAGCCGCCUUCGUAAUCGACGACAGCGAGGAGCCGAGCCGAGCCGGAACACCCAAGCCGGAGCCUCCUGAAAAGGAUGCGCCUGCCGGAGAGCCAGUCGGCAAUGCGGAGGCUGGAAAGGACUCUGGUGUCUCAAACGCCAAUGCCAAUGCCGAUGGCAAAGAUGCGCCAUCCCACGAUGGGGCUGCGAAUGCGACCAAGCCGCUGACUCCGGAGUUGCGGCAGAAGCUCCGCAAGCUGGAGAAGCUCGAGGCUACAUAUCCCGAGCUUCUGCGCUCCUACCGUGUUGCGCAUCGACGUGCUACUGCCAUUGAGCCGUUUGAGAAGGCCCUCCGCGAGAACACCCCGUUGGCCUCAAUUGGCGACCCAGAGGCUCUGGUUGAAUACCUCAACCAGCUGAAGCUCAAGGGCGACAUGGUCAUGGAUGAGCUGAAGCGAGUGUCUGCCGACAAGGACGAGCUGAAGAAGAAGAACGACGAGAACGAAGACAAGAUCAAGAAGCUGCAAGACGAACUCGAUGCCCUCAAGGCUGAAAAGUCCUCGGAAACAAAGAAGCAAGAAGCAAACGGCACAGCAGCAAAGCACCCAGGGAAAGAUGGCGAGGAUUUCUUUUCCUACGACGAAGAGAUCCCCCAGCUACAGGCCGAGCUUGCUGCGAAAACUGAAGAAAUCGACUCACUCAAGGCUGAAGUGGACAAUCUGCAGAAGGAGCUCUCUGUCCUUAAGCAAGAUAGCGCAGGUCUGGUAGAGAAAUUGGAGAACUCCGCCCUGGAGCUGAGCGAAACCCGCGAAACCUCUGCAUCACAGGAUUCUCUGCAGACCCAGCUGGAGGCUCGAAAGACGGAAAUCGAGAGCUUGACAGAGCGACUCAAUCAGGCGGAAAAGCAGCACAACGAGCGCGAGAACCAACUGGAGACAGAGAAGAAUCAAGCGGCAGCCAAGGCGCAGGAGGUAGAGGAUUUACUUGCCAAAUCUGCGAAACAGGCCAGCGAUGUGGCUGCAGAGCUUGCUAGGGCGACGGCUGCCAGGACAGUGUCCAAGAACCUGAUUGACGAGCUCAAUUCCCAACUCGAUAAGAUGAAGAAAGAAAAGUCUGAGAUGCAGAGUAAGCUUGAUGAAGCAGUGAAGAAGCUGGACGAAGCGGCCAAGCAGUCUCCUGCCCCCGCCCCUGCCGAACCCCCAUCAACUCUUGCACCGCCCACGACCGGUGGUGGAGGGGGAAACAAGAGGAACAAGAAGAAGAAGGGCCGCGGCGGUGGUGCUACUAGUCCAGCACCCCCGGCUACUCCUACUUCUCCUACCGCCGCCUCCGUUGCUUCAAGUGCUCCUGGUGCUGGCCAGGGCCCAAAUACUUCAGCCCUUGAAGCCGAAGUCACCAAACUGAAGGAGGAGAUUGAAACUAAGGAUAAAGAAAUCGAGCGGUUGUCGAAGAAGAGAAAGACAGAAGAAGACCUCCGUGAAGAAAUUGAGACGCUGCAAGAGAAUCUCCUCAACAUUGGCCAGGAUCACGUCGAGGAUAAGGCCCGGAUCAAGGAGCUUGUUGGAGAGAAGGCAGCGUUGGAGGCACAAAUUGCUGCUUUGGAGGAGAAGAUGUCCUCGCUCUCUUCCAACACCGAGGCCAACUCGAAGUUGCAGGAGGAGAUGCAGGCCCUCCAGAAAGAUUACCAAGAAUUGAAGGACAAGUCGGCCACACUGCAGUCGGACCUCGGUGCCGCCCAGCAGCUGGCGCAGAGUCGCUUCAAGGAUUUGGCCGAGUUGCGCGAGGUUCUGCAAAAGGCCCAGCCGGAGCUCAAGCGCUUGCGCAAGGACUCUGAGGAUCUCAAGGCGGCUAGGGAGGAGUUGGCCGCCAAAAGCAAAGAGCUCGCCAAUUUGGAGAAGAAGGAAAAGGAGCUUGAGCGGAACUUGGCGAGUGCCAGACAGGAGAUUGACAUGCGCAACUCGGAGAUUGGGACUCUCAAGAGCAGAUUGGCCGCUGAGACGGAAGAAAAGGCCAAGCUGGAGGAAGCCCAGCGUGUCGCGGGCCGGGACCUCAGGCGAGCCACGGCCGAGAAGAUUGAGCUGAGCGCAAAGGCGGAGAAGAUGGAGCGGGAGCUGCAAAAGGUCCAGGAGGAGCUCUCCAGGGUAUCGCCGCGCGUGGGCGAGCUUGAGGAGCAGAUGCACAAGCUGAGACGCGAGAAGGCCGCGGCGCAAGAAGAAGCCGAGUUCAAGGCCAAGCAGUACACGACGGCCCAGGGCCUGUUGAGCAGCAUGCGAGACCAGGCAUCCGAAAUGACGGUCCAGCUGAAGGAGGCGCAGUCGCAGGCGAGGUCGCUGGAGGAGGAGCUCGGUGAGGUGCAGCAUCUGCUGCAGGAACGCACCCGAGAGGGCGAGACGAUGCGGCGGUUGCUCGCAGACGCAGAGCAGCAGGCCGAAUCCAAGCUUCGAGAGAUGCGGAACCGCGUCGAGACGGUCACUGCCGAGCGAGAGCGACUGGAAGACGAGACCAGCGCCGUGGUGAGAAAGAACGUCAAGUUGACGGGAGAGCUCAAGUCCCGGGUCCGCGAGCUGGAGGGCGAGGUGAAGGAGCUGCGCGAGGAGCGUGACGAGCUGGAAGGGCGAGAACGAAGCUGGCGGCGUCGACGAGAGGAGCUUGAAGCGCUCGAGCUGAGGAUGGAGACGGAAACGACCGAGCUGCGGAACACUAUUUCAUCGCUGAGAACUGCCCUGGACGCAUCAGAGAUGCAGGUUCGAGAUGGAGAAAAGGUCAAGGCGAACCUGCGCAAGGACUACGAAUCGCUGCAGCUGCUGUAUGACAAACUCUCGAAGGAGCUCAAGGCAGCCCAGGCCAAGGUUGCGGCAUCAUCGGCGGCACAGUCGGGAUCAUCAUCGGGUGUCUCGACGUCUCGGACUUCGGUGGACUCGAAUCGCACCACUGGAGCAGGAGAGCUGUCUGACAUGCUCUAUCUCAAGACGAUUCUGCUACAGUUCUUGGAGCAAAAGGACAGCCGUCUGAGAGCUCAGCUCGUUCCCGUACUGGGCAAGAUUCUCAAGUUUGACAAGUCUGAUGAGAAGAAGUGGAUGGUUGCGGUGCAGCAUAUCGAGGUGCGGUAA